AUGGUCUCCAAAGAUCACUCUCCUCCUCCAAAAGCUCACAAGAAACAUAAGCAAUUACAGAAAAUCAAAUCAACAUCACCUACAAGACAAAACAUUUCACCAAUUUUGAAACCAAUUGAUCAAUAUCUUGAUGAUUUAAAUGACAGUUAUAUCACCGAUUUCAAAUCUGACAUCUAUUCAAACAUAUCCAUAGUUUCAUCUGACAUUGAUCGUCUUUCUCAAAGUUUCAAUUCAAAAGUUAAGCGCCAUUACCAAUAUUUAGUUAAACUAUUACCAAUUUUAAUCAUUUUCCUACCUUCAUUGUUGAAAAUAUUCUUCCCCAAGAUUAUUAAAUUUGGUAAUUUGGAAAUUGGUGAUAAUAAUAACAAUCCUUCAAAUAUACUUAUUGAUUUUUUUUCAAUCUUGUUAAUAUGUUGGAUAAUAAAAUUCUUGUUGGAUUGGCCUUGGAAAUGGUAUUCACAAAUUAAUGAAAUAAAGCAAAAAUUGUAUACAUUAUUGGAAUCAGAUGUUAAUUCAAAUAAAGACUUCACCAAAUUAACUAAUCAAAGUUUAACAAUCCUUAAAAUUCAACAAAUUGUUUCCCUGAUAAUGUGUAUUGGUUCUCCUUUCCUAAGUGGUGUUUUAUUAGUUUUAGCAAGAGAUUAUAUUGUGGUUAUUGGUAAUGAUGAAUCAAGUCAGGGGAAAAGCAGUUUGAUUUUUUCUGAUUUGAAUAUUGGGAUUUUCGUUAGUUGUGGUAUAAUUAGAGUUAUUAUUCAAAUUUCUGAGCAUAUUCAACAAUCAACUGCAUCUAUUGAAAUUAAAACUGAAAAACUGAUUAGUGAUUCAAAUCAUAAAAAUUCUUUGGAAAUUGAACGAAAUAAUAGUAACCGUGACUCAAAUAUGAUUUUGGAUAGAUUAAAUCAUGUGGAACAACAAUUAAACCAAUUAACUCAAAAGUUUGAUAAUUUUUAUAAUACAAACAAAUUAAGUAUUGAUAAAAAUUUAACAUUCCUUUCAUCAAAACAUUUUAAAAUCCUUGAAAAAGAGAUUAAUGAAUUACAUUUCAACCUCCACACCAAAACAAAUGAUUUAGAUAAUAAAAUCCAUACAAUGAUGAUAUCACAAGACCAGUCACCCCAGAAAACAACAAACACACAACACUCUUCACUCCAUGGAAUCCCUUUAUCACCAAAGAAACCUUCAUAUAUUGGAGGUGGUUCAAAUUCAAAUAAUUCAUUCUUCCCAUUGGAGCAAUAUUCGAAAAUUUCCAAACAAUUACCAUCACCACUGUCAAGAUUGGGUCAAUUUUUCCCCCUUUUGGAUGAUUCAGAUAGUAGUGAUGGUAAUGAUAAAGCAUCUAAUGAAAUUGCAAUUAAAGAAUUAUCAAACCUUGAUGCUAUUCAUAAAUAUGACCUAACUUCAAGACCUAUAGUGGAAUAUUUAUUAAAUUUCCCAUUUUUGUUCAGGAAAUUAGUUUGGAAAUUGAUUAGUUAUGUCCCUCUAAGUGUUUUGAAGAGUAUUUAUUUCAUAUUGUUGAGUAUUUUGGAUAUUUUAUUAGCAAAAGCUAAUACUAAUAAUGAUGAAAAUGAUGAGAUGAAGGUUAAAUUGAUUAAUAAACAACAUGAGCCACUUUUUGAUGAGUCUUUUGAGGAGAUAAUCACAAGAUGA